CCAUGGCAGGAGCAGCAUGGAGGUGACCUUCGCUCCUCCGCAUGCGAAGGAUGCACGUAACUUGGAGGGUUGCAGGCAGCCUCACGGGGACUUAUGUCCCUGCACUGAAAAACAAGCCAGAACCAGUAACCUUCAAAGAGAGUGAGCCACAAUCCUCAGUCCAGGUGUUCUGCUGCUUCCCAGUCCACACAGCAAUCAGCUCUGCAUGCAGCGAGUCUAAAUAUAACAGAUGAAGGAACGCCCAAGUUGAAUUGCACAGUCAGUAAAGUUACUCUGAUGAACCUGCAACCUGCUAAGAAAACCACCCUAGUAUUGCGAGAUGACAAAACCAGGGAAGGUCUCCGAUCCUCCAGCUUCCACUGCUCUGUUCCCAACCUUUCAGAGACUAAGCCAAUGAAGGAGGAGAUUAAAAACCAUCCUGAAAAAGUAUCUAGGGAUGGCACUACUUCUCCUAAACCCUUUUAUGCAACAGAGUCUCAAAGCAUGGAGAACCUGGUACUGAAAAGACCCGUGAAGCUGGCUCCUCUUGAUAUCCCCUUGGAAGUAAAAGAAGCACAGCUGCAGAAGAUCAUGAGCCUCCAGAGAGAUGCCCAACUGGCUGCUUUUAAAUUAGCCAGCAUUGGCUCCACUGGUAGUGAGCCACAUGUAAAAAGGGUGAAAAAUUUGGCUCUGGCAGAGCUGGAAAACUUCCAUAAUGCCAAGACAACAGAGAAGUUCACAUUAGAGAAUCAAGACAGUGUCCACAUAUCAAGUACCAAGCCCAUCUGUGAGGUUCAGAUUAUUUUACCUGCAGAGGGAAAAACCAAGCCUGCAAAAAAGAAUACUUUUGAAGGUUCUCCCAUACGAUGCCGUAAACCUUUAAUGCCUCAGAACGUGUGUGGCACCCUCCAAGCUGCUGACGUCCAAGAGGAUGGGAAGAUAACAGACACCUUUGCACAGGAAAAUGGUAGGCAGCGCUUUAAGUUGAAGCAGAUGAAAGAUCAGCAGGUAUGUCUGGGAAAAAACAAGCCCUUAAGAGCCAUGGGAGCUGACCUGGUAGAAGGAAAGCCGAAAACAGCAAGCCUGCGAGCUCACAAGACUCUGAGUAACGCGAGCAAGUUGCUUGACAAUGUAGCCAGGAAGCACCGGGGACGAGGGAAUGGGUCAGAUGAGAUCGAUGAGGAUCUGCUUGUGAGAAGGCAACCAUCUCCACGGAGGAUGGCUGUUGGGGAUAUCAUCCUGGUAGAUGAUGAAUAA